GUUUGUACCUAAAACCUUGCCCUGCGGGAGCGCCGCCGUCCUAAAGCGACCUGCCCCGCCUAUCAGCUCCUAUUGGCUGACUCUCGGAAGACCCGCCUCUUCAGAAGGAAAAGCAGUCGCUUCCCGAAUUGCCUGACAUCAUGCAAUGACCAAUCAGAAGCAGCGAUCUGCAGUUUUGCCCAAUGAGACUGGGUACGGGUCCUGGCCCGCGGAGUUCGAUUUCGUCCUGGGAUGCGGAAGUAGCAGUCUUGUCAUGCGGAAGUAGCUGUCCUGUCCUAGGGACUAGCAGGUGGGUUGGUUAGGCGCAGGAGGACGUGGGCGCGCUUCCCGUAACGUUACCCUGGCUGAGCGUGAGGCUCCAGGGCUGGGCACUGGGUUGACCUCUUAUUCCUCGCUGAGAGCAUCUUUACCGCCUGUGGCUGCAAGCCGAGGCGCGCGGGUGGAAACUGGGUCGAGGUCUGGGUAGACGUCUGAGCGAUCUGCACAAGGAGUGGCGCAGUCUGGAAUUUGAGGAUUCCUAACGCCCUCUGCUUGAUGUUCUGAUGAUUCCCGGGGGCUCGGUUUCGGAGGAAGGCACCAAGAAACUGAUAAUGUUCCUUUGAAUUGGCUUCUGUAUUUGCUUCAUCAAUGUCUCUCAUACUGAAUAUCUUAAGAGAGAUGCUGGAAUAUUUUGGCGUUCCUGUAGAACAGGUUUUGCUGAUUUGGGAAAAUAAAGACUAUGGAUCAACUAGGAGUAUUGUUCGUAUUAUUGGGAAAAUGCUUCCAUUGGAACCUUGUCGAAGACCUAAUUUUGAGUUGAUCCCGCUCUUGAACUCUGUAGACUCUGAUAAUUGUGGAUCUAUGGUUCCAUCUUUUGCUGAUAUUUUGUAUGUGGCAAAUGAUGAAGAAGCCAGUUAUCUCAGAUUUCGAAAUAGUAUAUGGAAAAGUGAAGAGAAAGUGGAAAUUUUUCAUCCUUUGCGACUAGUUCGAGAUCCACUGUCACCUGCUGUAAGACAGAAAGAAACAGUGAAAAAUGAUCUGCCUGUAAAUGAAGCUGCAAUUAAAAAAAUAGCUGCCCUUGAAAAUGAGCUGACUUUUCUUCGCUCUCAGAUUGCAGCAAUUGUGGAAAUGCAGGAACUGAAAAACAGUACAAAUUCUAGUUCCUUUGGCUUGAAUGACGAGCCCAUUAGUUUGGGUCAGUUGUCAUCAUCGCAGGCUGCCCAUCUGAGUGUGGAGCCAGAUCAGUUUCCAAGUUCAGUGCUUUCUUCUCCUCCUCCUCCACCACCACUUCCUCCUCAGUUUUCAUCUCUCCAGCCACCGUGUUUUCCUCCCAUACAACCAGGAUCUAAUAAUAUUUGUGACUCAGAUAAUCCAGCAACUGAAAUGAGCAAACAGAACCCGGCUGCUAAUAAGACCAAUUAUAGUCAUCAUUCAAAAAGCCAGAGAAAUAAAGAUAUUCCAAACAUGUUGGACGUUCUAAAGGAUAUGAAUAAGGUUAAGCUUCGUGCAAUUGAGCGGUCACCUGGCGGUAGACCCAUUCAUAAGAGGAAAAGACAGAAUUCACAUUGGGAUCCAGUUUCUUUAAUAUCUCAUGCACUUAAGCAGAAAUUUGCAUUUCAAGAAGAUGAUUCUUUUGAGAAAGAGAAUAGAUCUUGGGAAUCUUCCCCAUUUUCUAGUCCAGAAACUUCAAGGUUUGGACAUCACAUUUCACAGUCAGAAGGACAGCGAACUAAAGAAGAAAUGGUCAACACAAAAGCUGUUGACCAAGGUAUCAGCAACACAAGCCUUCUAAACUCAAGGAUUUAAACUCAACUUAAGGUUAAGCCUUAAACUUCUAAAACUUCUUCCUGGAUGAUAAAUUAUUCUUAGAAACUGAUUUGGACUGUUAAAGGCUAAAAGUAGAUGUAUUUAAAGACUCUUCUUGACACAUUUUGCCUACACUUGCUAUGUAAAUAUGUAUGCCUGUCAUUUUUGUUUCCUUUGUUCCUUUUUACGUUUAUACUCUGUUCUUCUGUACAUAGAGCUUAAAAUAAACAUUCCUUUUGAACUUG